AUGGAUUUCAAUAUAAACACCACAUUAUCCUCACUCCCCAAAGCCGAUACAUUGUCCAGCGUAUACAGAAAAGAAUUUCUUUCACUCUCGGAAAAUCUCCAAGAGCAUACUAAGUUUUUCACCGACGGUUCUAAAACAAACUUGGGUGUAGGAGCAGCAGUGGUAUAUAACGAAACAAAACAAAUGUUCAAGCUACCAGAUUUCUGCUCAGUCUUUACAACCGAAGCCACUGCGAUCUCCCUAGCUCUCGAUAUAAUAUAUGAAAAUAGAAUGAAUAAAGCCAUAAUCUUUAGCGACUCUCUCAGCACCUUAACCAGUAUCCUAAAUAUCCACCAACCCAACAGUAUAUCCGGAAAAAUCCACAACCAGAUACACCGCCUCAAAACCAAUGCACAGACCAUCAUUUUCUGUUGGGUACCUAGCCACGUCGGAAUCCGAGGAAAUGAAUUGGCUGACACUUUUGCCAAAGAAGCCAUCUCCUCCCACCUCUCCCUCUAA